GGGUGCACAAAUAAGAAUUGGGAAGCACCCCUCGAGUGAGAGAGUGUUCGCUAUAUCGGAACAGGGGAAGCGAAAGUGCCUCAGCACUUUAACAAACACUUCGCUCAACUUUCCUGAAUAUCCAGCACAGAUCUGUCCCGCAGAAAUGGCUGCUGGAAAAUGUGGCAUUCCUCUGAGCACAAUCAGUCCAAAGUUUCUUCAUUCUAAUUCCACAAGUCACACCUGGCCGUUCAGCGCUAUAGCCGAGCUGAUCGAUAAUGCUUAUGACCCAGACGUUCGUGCCAGACAGAUGUGGAUCGACAGGACGUGCAUCAGAGGACUGGACUGCCUCUCUUUCAUGGAUAACGGACAGGGUUUGACCAGAGCCAAACUGCACAAGAUGCUCAGCUUUGGUUUCAGUAAAAAGAGAGCUUUGAAACUUCACAUUCCAGUUGGCGUGUACGGAAAUGGAUUCAAAUCGGGGUCCAUGCGCUUGGGAAAAGAUGCCAUUGUUUUCACCAAGACUAAAGACACCAUGAGUGUGGGGCUCCUGUCGCAGUCUUACCUCAAGGCCAUCGGUGCUCAGCGAGUCCUGGUGCCCAUGAUCACGUUUAGACGCGACGGACAAAACCAAGUGGAGGACGAAGCCAGUCUGUGGGCGAUCCUCACACAAUCGCUCUUCAGAUCGAAAAAAGAGCUGUUCGAUGAGCUCCGCGCCAUCAGCGCCGUCGGAUACACAGGAACACGCAUCAUCAUUUGGAACCUGCACACGACAACAAAUGGCGAGACUGAGUUUGACUUUAACACCAGUAAAUAUGACAUUCUGAUCAGGUGGAACAUCAGUGAGAGAAGCAACGGUGACCUCGCCAUGAUCCCAGAAAGUGAAUACUCAUUACGG